AUGUCGGCCAACGCGUCCCUCUGGCUCCCCCCCUCUGCGGCUCCGGACACGGACAACUGCAGCGACUACACGGCGGCCUGGCUGUGGCUGUCGUCCCUGCAGCCGGCCUACCUGGGCCUGGUCACGCUGCUGGGGCUGCUGGGAAACGGCCUGGUGCUCUGCGUCUUCUGCCUGCAGAGGAAGCCCUGCUCUGUGGCCGACGUGUACCUGGGGAACCUGGCGGCGGCCGACCUGGUCAUGCUGUGCUGCCUGCCGUUCUGGACCGUCACCGUGGCGCGGGGCUACCGCUGGGACUUCGGGGAGGCGAUGUGCAAGCUGGUCAACGUCGCCAUCUCCAUGAACUACAUCUGCAGCAUGAUGUUCCUCACGCUGGUCAGCGUGGACCGGUACCUGGCCCUGGUGAAGCCCGUGAGCCCCAGCCGCCUCAGGAGGGCGCCGUGGGCCAAGCGGAUCUGCCUGGGGAUCUGGGUCCUCGGCCUCCUCUUCACGCUGCCCAGCCUUCUCUUUCGGACGGUGUCUUACGUGGAGGACGCCGGUGUUCACGCCUGCAUCCUGAGGUUCCCCCGGCCGGAGUGGACGCUGUACAACAACAUCACCCAGACCGUGCUGGGCUUCCUGAUCCCCGGCCUGGCGGUGGCCUACUGCACCUGCUACAUCGUGGCGGCGCUGAACGAGCGCGGCCUGGAGGGCCUCCCCGGCGUCCGGGCGGAGAGGAAGGCCACCCACCUGGUCCUGGCCGUGCUGGUGGUCUUCCUCAUCUGCUGGACUCCUCAUCACGUGAUGCGGCUCCUGGACACCGUGGACUACUUCCAGGUCGUGCCGGGCUGCCUCUGGGGUCACGUCCUGGACGUCGGCCUGCAGCUGUCCUCGUACCUGGCGUACAGCAACAGCGCCGUCAACCCCUUCCUGUUCGUCAUCGUAGGAACGCACUUCAGGAGGAGGGCGAGGGAGGUGUUCGGGAAAACCCUGAACCCUCUGUCCAAAGACCUGAACUACCUGAGCGUGAGCUUCACCUCCGUCCACAGACUGAAGGACGUGCAGCGUCUCAGCAUCAGCCCAGUGGACAUCUUCUCCAUAAAACAGACUGAAAACAGGUGA